GUUGACAACAUAUCGUGGACGAAACUGAGCGUUAGGUUCAUCGGUGAAAAUAGUCCGGCUACAUAAAGGCAGUUGGCAUCGCCAUCAACGAUCUUUCCAGUCGCAUGCCGAAGUUGGGAACGGAUCAUGUCUAGCGAUUCUGCUGAUUACAACAGCUCAAGAGAUAGAGACCAUGGGGGGCCCGAGGGAAUGGAGCCUGAUGGUGUCAUCGAGAGCAACUGGAACGAGAUUACAGACAAUUUUGAUGAUAUGAACCUGAAGGAGACUCUUCUCAGGGGAAUAUAUGCAUAUGGUUUUGAAAAGCCAUCUGCCAUUCAGCAGAGGGCAAUCAUUCCUUGCAUCAAAGGCUAUGAUGUCAUUGCCCAAGCCCAGUCAGGCACUGGUAAGACAGCCACUUUUGCCAUCUCCAUCUUGCAACAGCUGGACAUAGAGCAGAAAGAGACCCAGGCUCUGGUGCUGGCUCCUACCAGAGAGCUGGCUCAGCAGAUCCAGAAGGUAAUUCUGGCUCUUGGUGAUUACAUGGGGGCAACCUGCCAUGCCUGCAUUGGAGGGACCAAUGUCCGUAGCGAAAUGCAGAAACUCCAGGCUGAGGCCCCCCACAUAGUGGUGGGCACUCCAGGACGUGUGUUUGACAUGCUGAACAGGAGAUACCUGUCCCCGAAAUGGAUCAAGAUGUUUGUUCUGGAUGAAGCUGAUGAGAUGUUGAGUCGAGGGUUCAAAGAUCAGAUCUACGAGAUCUUCCAGAAGUUGAGCACAAACAUUCAAGUGGUCCUGCUCUCUGCCACCAUGCCAGCAGAUGUGUUGGAGGUGACCAAAAAGUUCAUGCGAGAUCCCAUUCGCAUCUUAGUGAAGAAGGAAGAGCUUACCCUUGAGGGUAUCAAGCAGUUCUACAUAAAUGUGGAGCGAGAGGAGUGGAAGCUGGACACACUGUGUGACUUGUAUGAAACUCUGACCAUCACCCAGGCUGUCAUCUUCCUCAACACCAGGAGAAAAGUUGAUUGGCUGACUGAGAAGAUGCAUGCUAGGGACUUCACUGUCUCUGCUCUACAUGGUGAUAUGGACCAGAAAGAGCGUGAUGUGAUCAUGAGGGAGUUCAGAUCUGGCUCAAGUAGAGUGUUGAUCACUACUGACCUUCUGGCUCGUGGGAUUGAUGUCCAGCAAGUUUCUCUGGUCAUAAACUAUGACCUUCCUACAAACCGAGAGAAUUACAUUCAUAGAAUUGGUCGCGGUGGCCGAUUCGGCAGAAAAGGAGUUGCUAUCAACUUUGUCACUGAAGAGGACAAGAGGAUUCUUCGGGACAUUGAGACGUUUUACAAUACAACUGUGGAGGAGAUGCCUAUGAAUGUGGCCGACCUGAUUUGAGCCCUGAGAUUUUUUUUAAACGCAGUGAUAGCGAUCGUCCACUUGCAUUGUGCUUAUAUUAUUCGAGGGGAAAAAAAAAACUCUUCUCAAAUGCUAAACCUUGGAUCAGAAUUUCGAUAUGUGUUAAAAAGCGAGGUGACUUCAAUGGUGGUCCCUCUCGGACAGUUGUAGAUUCUAACCUUGGCAGUUGGCUGGUUGGAGCUACAAAGCCAUGGGGUCUGUAAACAUUAAGGUCCUUAUCAGGUAUUUCUUUCCAUGUUCAAUUAAGAUGCGUGUAUUAGAUGUUCUCCACCGUUUAGUAAUUUACUUGUGGACUAAAAGGUAUAAGUGCUGUAUAAAGUCUGCAAACUAUGUUAUGCUAACAUAUGUGCGAUGUAUUGUGGGUCUGCUAAAUAGAGGCACUUGUCAUGUAAUACUGUAGAUUCACUUGCUUUUUGUUAUCUUUUGUGAAUGUGUUAAUUUAAAUGUACCAUAUUUUUUAUCCCACUUGUUCUAUCAGAAUUCCUCACCGGUUGGCCAUAUUUUGCUGACAUGUGGUUUUACCCUUACCAGAGUAUAUUGCUAUUCCCUUGGACUUCUUUUCAGAUUUCCUCCUCCCCAGAAUUGUAUGAAUGUCUUAAUAAAAUUGAAAUUGCUGUAAUUAAAGCCUGCUCUUGCUUUA